CCGGCAUCACCCGACUCCCGCCGCACAUUCGCUAACCAGCAGCACGUCCGAAACAAUGAGCGACACGGGAUUCCUGGCGGCACCGGUGCUGCUGCUGCUGCUGCUCGUCAGCCUGGCCUCGGCGUCUCUGGAACAAGCGGCAUCGCGCGACGAUGAUAGCGCCGAACGUCCGCUGAGCAAGCGCCACUCGGAGGGCACCUUCACCAGCGACUACAGCAAGUACCUGGAGAACAAGCAGGCCAAGGACUUUGUACGCUGGCUCAUGAACGCCAAGCGCGGCGGCAGUGAGAUGCAGCGGAGGCACGCUGACGGCACCUUCACCAACGAUAUGACCUCCUACCUGGACGCGAAGGCUGCCCGCGACUUUGUCAGCUGGCUCGCCCGCUCCGACAAGUCGCGCAGGGACGGAGGAGAUCACCUGGCCGAGAACUCCGAGGACAAACGCCACGCGGAGGACGUGAACGCGCUGCUCGACAGGACGAUGGCCAAGAACUUCAUCGAGUGGCUGGAGAAGCAGAGCGGCAACGACCAGACGGACUGAGGUGGGGAGAGAGACGGAGAGAGGGACGGAGACGAGGGAGAGAGGGGAGGGGAAACCCGCUCGGCCAACUCCAUCGCGCCGCCUGUUAUUACGUUUCCCCCGCGCCGCCCGCCCCGGUGGCCUCAUCGGAUUAAAACUCAGCCCUCCCGGCUGCCGCAAAUUCGCAUUUGCCUCCUACCCACUAACCCCC